AUGAAAAAAGGCCUGCAACCUGAAAAAGAGCAUGAUGAUCAAGGAAAGAGAAUUACAAAACAAUUGCGAACCAAUGAUGUGUGGCAUUUACCUCCUAAUGAAAGGAUUGUUGUGCAGUGGAAUAAUCAGGAUCAACCAAUUGCAGAUGGUGGAGCAUUAUUGAAUAGGUUCUUAGGUGGCAUUGCAAGAAACUCUAAUUCUCUUCCCAUUAGCUAUUCUAGUUGGAAGAUGAUUCCUAAAGAUUAUAAAGAAGAUGUACUUAAGAACAUUAUUCAGGAGCAUGCUUUGAAAAAUAAAGAUAAUAGGGCAAAGAAAAUCAUUGCUCACACAUGUGGAUCUAAGAGCAUUGCAAGGAAAAGAGAUGAAAUGGAAAAUGAGUGUGCCCAUAGGGUUAGUAGAGGAGAGGUAUGGAUAGCUACACAUAAACAUGCUAAUGGAGCCUUUGUGAGUGAUGAAGUGAGGGAAAUCAGUGAAAAAAUUCAAGUAGAUGAGUCAACAUCAUCAUCAUCUGUAUCAAAAGAAAUAUCAAGUACUGAUUCCUUAGCUUUUGAUUUUGGAAGCCAAGAACAUUGUGGACGUGUUAGGGGUUUGGGAUUGGGUCCUUGCCCAUCUAAAGUGUUUAGCUCCAAGGGUCAUUCAUAUAGUGGAACAUCUUCAAGUUAUCCUUCUAAUGCCCAAUUACAAAAUCAGGGGUUUUUAGAACUCCAAGCAUUAACAGAGGUUUUCGAAACUCCAGAUAUUGAACCUGAAGAAAUUCGGCCAAUGGAAAAUUAUGCAGUUUCAAUAACUUGGCAUGAUGUGUUUAAUCAGAUGAUGGAGCUGUUGGUUGAUGAUGUUUCUGAACCAAGUGUACAAGCAUGA